AUGAGUUCCAGAGACAACACUCAAGAAUGGAUUGGACUUGGACUCCUAAUGUCCGCUUUAUUCUUGACAACAUAUGCUCUUGCACGAAUAAUAAUCAAACGAACAAAAGCAUCGAAAUUUUAUUUGUUCCCCGUGAUUAACGCUUUAAUUAUAAUCACUGAAAUCAACACACUGACGAGGAUUUUCGUCCUCGUCGUAUUUAGCGAUGAUAGCACGAAAGCGCUCAUGAUCACAAAAACAAUCAAUGACUUCUUUUAUCUCCUGGCGAAACCGAUUAUUCUUUAUUUGGCGUAUUUAAGAUGUAAAUCAGUUUUUAAGCUGUGGAAUAAAUGGCCUUGGCUACAUUAUCUCUUCUUCCUUGCACGAAUCGCGCAAAUCUUUUCCGUAUUCGUCGGUGACAUCAUUUAUAUCGAAAAAUGCAAUUUUGAUAUGGCCAAUCCACGUUGCAAUCACCUCGCAAUACUAAAGACGAUUCGAGAUGCGUAUGCCCCAGUUCCAAGGGUAUACUAUAUGAUUUCAGAAACGAUUUUUUUCGUGAUUCUCUUUAAAAGUCUACGGAAAUUCGGUGCUACAAAAGCAGAACAAAAAAUCAUGAAAGAACGACGUUUCCAAGCAGUAGUUUUCACAAUCGAUCUAACUCUAAUUCUCGGAAUGAUACUAUAUAGAAUCUUGAAUAUUUUCAAAUCUGUGCCCACUUAUGAUUACGCAGACGAAUUCUGUACUGCAUUCACAGUAUACAACAUGACUCGGUUCGGGCUCACUCUGCCGAAUCUGUUCAAAAAUGCACAUGGUGGUGCAUUUACUCAUAAUUCAAAAUCGCAAACUACACCACCCACACCGACAUCUCCUGAUUUACUAAUUACUCAUCCAGGCAAAAAGUAUUCUAAAGAUAGCGGAAAUGGAAGCAUGCACGACUAUGAAAGUUCUGAUAAUUAUGGUGCGAAAAUUCAAGUGACCGUUGAAAAAGAAUAUCGUAUGAUUUGA